GUCGAUCGUUGAAUCAAUCUUCCAGGUUCCCCUUCUGCAUUUCUUGCGUGAAUUGCAGCCAUGUCUGGUAACGGCUACGGUGUCGCUGCAAAUGAGGCUCUUCCCUGCAAAUGCAUCGCGGCCAUGAGCGGUGGUGCCCCCUUGACGUUGCACACCAUCACCCGCCGGCCAGUAGGAAAGAAGGACGUGCAGAUUAGCAUCAAAUACGCAGGCAUUUGCCACUCUGACAUCCACCAAGCACGAGAAGAAUGGGGCAAGGCCAUUUUCCCAAUGGUGCCUGGUCACGAGAUCGCUGGCGAGGUGGUUGCUGUUGGUGAUGAAGUGACCAAGUACAAGGUCGGAGACAAGGUGGGUGUUGGUUGCAUGGUGGACAGUUGCCGAAACUGCCCGUCGUGCAAAGCUGGCGAUGAGAACUACUGCCAGACUGGUGCAAUUAUGACCUACAAUGGCAAGCACAAGUACCAGCAUUGCGAGGAGUACAAUGAUGAAGGCGGCGCACCCACCUAUGGCGGAUACUCGCAAGGCAUUGUGGUGGAUCAAAACUAUGUUUGCAAGAUUCCGGAUGGCAUGGACCUAGCUGGUGCUGCUCCGUUGCUUUGUGCAGGCAUCACUGUGUACUCACCCUUCAUGUACUAUGGAUUGAAGCCAGGCAUGAAAUUGGCAGUUGCCGGACUGGGUGGUUUGGGUGCGAUGGCUGUGUUGAUCGGCAAGGCCAUGGGUGCUGAAGUGACCGUUCUGUCUCGCUCUCCAUCAAAGAGAGAUGAGGCACUGAAAGAACUGAAGGCUGACAAGUUUGUGGUAGUCACUGAUGAGGCUGAUGCAGCGACAGUGAAAAGCUACUUUGACUUCAUGAUCAACACUAUUGCAGCUGACCAUGAUCUUGCUCCUUACAUGGACAUGCUCACCUACAACGGCAAGCAAAUUCUUGUCGGCGUACCCCCCAAUCCUUUGAGCUUCCAUGCUUUCCAAUUGGCUGUUCCAAGAAAGACGAUUGCAGGGUCAUUGAUUGGAGGCAUCAAAGAGACACAGGAGAUGUUGGACUUCUGUGCCAAGCACGGUAUCACCUGCCCUCAUGAGGUGAUCCCUGCCGAUCCUGAGAAGGUGAACGCAGCCUAUGAGCGGGCUGUGAAGUCUGAUGUGAAAUAUCGCUUCGUCAUCGACACUGCGACUUUUGCGUGAUCUUCCUGGUGAUUUGGUACAACUUUGCCAAUGAGCCACUUUUUGCGUUGUUUUGCACCCUUGCAGUUGACCGUUUUCCGACACUUGCACAAAGAAGACAUGGGCGGGUGUAAAGAGCUGUUUGAGCUUCCAAGGAGCACUGCUCAGCUUGUCUUAUCGGUCGAAAACAAAGUGUCACUUCGAAGGACUUUGCUGCAUCCUGCUGCAACUUUGUAAGUGAACGCCUUAAAA